CAGCCAACAGUAGUUGCCUCAGAGCCCGCGGGUUGAAGAAAACGUACGCAUCGAGCGAGCCGAGUAGCGUCGCGUGUAAUCAAACAAAGAAAAGCAAGAGCAAAAAAAGAAGCAAAAAGAAUACAACCAAAAAAAAAAAAGAAAAAAGCAAAGAAAAUACAAAUUACAAAAUAGAAAAUAGAAUAUACAAAACACGAAAUACAAAUGAAAUCAAAACAAAAGCCAUCGCAAUAAUUGACUCAAGGCAAACGUUAGUAAAAAUUGUGUUCAAAAGCGGCAACAAAAAUAUGUUUUCCCAAUUGCCACGCAAAUGAGCAAACAAAUAUUUGAUUGUUCAACGUUGCCGCUGCUGCUACUGCUGCGACCACGACUGCGACUGCGAUUACUCCUGCUGCUGCUGCAAAGCAGCGAGUCUGAGUUCCAGUCCGAGUUCGAGUUUGAGUUUGAGUUCGAGUCUGUUACUGUGCCUGUGACUGUGCCAGAGACCUUCUUCUCAUCCUCGGGAGAUUUUCAUGCAAGGCGUGUGCUGCUGCAACAUCAACAGCGACAUCAACAACAACAACAACAGCAGCAACAACAGAAACAACAGCAACAAAAUCAACGCCAGCAACAACUACAACAGCAGCAAUUGUGUGUGUGUUCCUAUAAAUAUCGACAGCCACAUUCGUAUCUUGAAACAUGUGCGCGCUCGUGUGUGAGUGUUUGUUUAAUUGAAAAGUCAUCAGCGUCGCCAUCGUCAGAAUCGAGAACAAAUUGUUGGAAAAUGCAACUCAAUGCGGCCAACGAAAUCUCAGUAAACUAAAACGUCAAGUGCUGUCCAAUUCUCGUUUUCGUAAUCGCCACAAAACACAAUCGUCGUCGCUGUCGCCAAAUCGUCUGCCUCUCUUGCUAUCUCGCUGUCUCUCCGUCUACGCCGUGUGUUUUCCUUUUCGUGUUGACCGCUUGUCAGCAGGUCUCGAAUUUCAUUUCGUUUCCGGCCCCCGUAGGUAGGUCGCCAAGUCACCCAGUCGCCUGGGUCGCCUGCUCAGUCAGUCGGUCUGUCGGUCGGUCGGUCGAUUUCUCUGUCUGUCGGUCUUGUUGUUGUUACCUUUAUUUUAGUCUUUGCGACGCGUUGUUGGUGCUGUGUCUAUUGUUGUAGUUACGCCGUUUGUCUGCUAGACAUUUGUGCGCAAAAUUGAUGUCAGCAAAUCCAUGCCAACGUUCAAGACUGCAAAAAGGAAUUGUUUAAACCCUUCGACAACAUAGUGCUGCCAGCAACAACAGAUUAAAUAAUAAUAGCCACACAAACACACUCAACACACAUCCUCGUACGUGGAACGUAGAAUUUUGCCUCAAGCAACUUGGAAUUUAGAACAUGAUCAUGGAAUUGUCAUUAAUCAGACACUAGAUUAGCAAACCACCAACCACCAGUGACAGCCAGAGCAAUAGCCGCGGCGAGAGCAAUAAAAAGCCAGAGCAACAACAGCAAAAGCAACGGCAACAUCGAACGGCAUGUGGCAACAGCAGCACUGAAAGCGAUACUGAGAGAGAGAAGUAGCCAGUGAGCCAUUUGUGGUAGCGGUAGCAACGCCAACUGUUAAGACCUAACCCGUGAGCAGGUUGCGUGCUGCUGUAAAGCGGCACCAUUGCUGCCAUUAAAAUAGACGCCGCAGCGCAACAGCAACGCUGCCGUCGUCACAAUCAACGCCAGCGCCAACAUCAUCCACAUCAUCGCCAUCGCAGACGACGACGGCGCAUUCAAACAUUUCGCUUUGGCGUGUUGGGCGUGGACGUAGGCGUAGGCGUGGACGUGGGCGUAGGCGUGAGCGAAGGCAUUGCCAGCAAUUGCUUGACGAGAGACGACUGCAACAACAACAUCCCCAGUAACAGCAGCAUCAUCAACAACAACAACAGCCACACCAACAUCAACUACAACGACGACAGCAUUGCGAUAGCAGCAAUUUCUGCAACAGCAACAACGCAACAUCCCAAAUUCGAGCAUCAACGACGACGGCGGCAUUACGACGGCCUGUCACUUGUAGGCAAUGCAACGCUCUGCGCAGCAACGGGUUGGACCUGGCCUAAGAUGGGUAGCGUGCUAUUCGCAGCUGUAUUCAUAGCAUUACACUUUGCCACCGGCGGCCUGGCCAACCCAGAUGCCAAGCGUCUGUACGACGAUCUGCUGAGCAACUACAAUCGACUCAUACGACCCGUGGGCAAUAACUCGGAUCGUCUGACGGUCAAGAUGGGACUGCGGCUGUCACAGUUAAUCGAUGUGAAUUUAAAAAAUCAAAUUAUGACAACCAAUGUGUGGGUGGAGCAGGAAUGGAACGACUACAAAUUGAAAUGGAAUCCUGACGAUUAUGGUGGUGUUGAUACACUGCAUGUGCCCUCUGAGCACAUAUGGCUGCCGGAUAUUGUGCUGUAUAACAACGCCGAUGGCAACUAUGAAGUGACAAUAAUGACUAAAGCAAUUCUACACCACACGGGCAAAGUCGUUUGGAAGCCACCCGCCAUUUAUAAAUCGUUUUGCGAAAUUGAUGUCGAAUAUUUUCCAUUCGAUGAGCAGACAUGUUUCAUGAAGUUCGGCUCAUGGACAUACGAUGGUUACAUGGUUGACUUGCGGCAUCUGAAGCAAACUGCAGACUCGGACAACAUCGAGGUGGGCAUCGAUCUGCAGGAUUAUUAUAUAUCCGUCGAGUGGGAUAUUAUGCGAGUGCCCGCAGUGCGAAACGAAAAGUUCUACAGCUGCUGUGAAGAACCGUAUCUGGACAUUGUGUUCAAUCUGACGCUUAGGCGAAAGACGCUCUUCUACACGGUCAAUCUGAUCAUACCCUGUGUGGGCAUAUCGUUCCUCUCCGUGCUUGUCUUCUAUCUACCCAGUGAUUCCGGCGAGAAGAUCUCACUUUGUAUCAGUAUUUUGCUAUCGUUGACUGUGUUUUUUCUGCUGCUCGCCGAAAUUAUUCCGCCGACAUCGCUGACAGUGCCGCUGCUGGGGAAAUAUCUCCUCUUUACUAUGAUGCUCGUCACGCUGUCGGUUGUGGUAACCAUUGCGGUGCUCAAUGUUAACUUUAGAUCGCCAGUGACGCAUCGCAUGGCGCCUUGGGUGCAACGUGUCUUCAUACAAAUCCUGCCGAAGCUGCUCUGCAUAGAGCGGCCCAAAAAGGAGGAUCCCGAAGAGGAUCAGCCGCCCGAGGUGCUGACGGAUGUCUUUCAUUUGCCGCCGGACGUCGACAAAUUUGUCAACUACGACACAAAACGUUUCAGCGGUGACUAUGGCAUACCAGUUCUACCCGCCUCGCAUCGCUUCGACUUGGCGGCAGCGGGCGGUAUAGCCGCCCAUUGCUUUGGUGAUCCACCUCUGCCCUCCUCUCUGCCACUGCCAGGCGCUGACGAUGAUCUAUUUAGUCCAUCUGGUCUUAAUGGCGACAUCAGUCCCGGCUGUUGUCCAGCUGCCGCGGCCGCUGCAGCUGCUGCCGCCGCCGCCGAUCUCAGUCCCACAUUUGAGAGGCCCUAUGCCAGGGAAAUGGAGAAGACCAUCGAGGGCUCUCGCUUCAUAGCGCAGCAUGUGAAAAACAAAGAUAAAUUCGAAAGUGUGGAGGAAGAUUGGAAAUACGUAGCCAUGGUAUUGGAUCGUAUGUUUCUUUGGAUUUUCGCAAUCGCUUGCGUGGUCGGCACAGCGCUAAUUAUAUUGCAAGCGCCUAGUUUGUACGAUCAAUCGCAGCCGAUUGAUAUAUUAUAUUCGAAAAUUGCCAAAAAGAAAUUCGAACUGCUCAAAAUGGGCAGUGAAAACUCCUUAUAGCGACCACUUGGGUUCGCAGCGGGCUGGUGGAAUUUAAUCAUCAGCUCGUUGCGAGCCCUGUUCGCCGCCCGGGACGAUGAUCGUGGAUAAUAUACAAUGAGCAACACCAUGAGCAUAUCAUCAGCGUUAUACAACACUAACAGCAGCAGCAACAGCAUCAGCAGCGAUAGUGUCAAUACUAGUAAUUCCGAUAACAAUAACGAUAACGAAGUGAUAAGCAGCUCAUGGAGCCCAUUGUAAACAUUUGCGGAGCGAAGCGAACAUUGGAAACAUUAAACAUAAAAGCAAAACAAAAACUACGAUUAAUCAAGCAAGUGCAAGUUUUGGAGCAGUUGAUCAAAAUAUGUAUGUAAAGUAAUUCAAAACAAGUACUGUAGUGCUGCAUAACGUAAAAAUAAACGUUAAUAACUGUGUCGUCAACAAAAUCAACUAAUACAUAGGUGCGACAUGUUCAAAGGCUGGCAAAACCAGUUGAAGUGGAAAGCUUAGUUAGUAAUUUUUGAUAGAUGUCUGAUGAUUGUGUAGGUGUUGGGAUGGUUGUGCAGUGUUGCACAAUGUGGCAGCGCCAGUGUUGUAAAAAUAGUUUUUUUUGUAAGUUAUAUUGAAUUUUUGAGCGCCAAAAAGUUCCUUGUUGAUUUUAAGUUCUAAAGUUUCACAAAAUAGAACAACAACAAACACACAUAACAAAAAAUGUUUUAAAACGGCAUUUUAAAAUUAUUAACAAAAACCAAAUUGUAUUGACUGCAUGUGUUCAGUGUGUUUCAAUGUGUAUGUGAGAGUGUUACUUUGUAUGUGUGUGCGUGAAUGAAGUUAAUGUAAUCAAUUUUAAUUAUUUGUCUAUUUGUGCAUAUUUUUCUGAUUAUUUUAAGCAAACCACAAAAAAAAAACCGAAAGAAAACAAUUUGCAAAAUGCAUUGCAUAUUAUUAAAAAUAAAAAACAAACUGGUUUUAGCACUAGUUAUGCCUAAAUCAUAAGUAACUAAAUUAUAUGACAUCUAUACUUAAUUAAUACAUAAGUCUUAAUUAGUCUUAGCUAAGCUACAUACAUUUUAAGCAAAUUUAAAUAAUAUUAACAUUAACAUUAAUAUUACAAAACAAAUACCAAAAAGUUCGCCUCAAGGCAACUUGGUCAAAUGAAGCGCGAAAUUCUGAAAUAAAUUUAGUUAAAUGUUGGUAAACAAACAUCAAAUUUUUAAGCUCACACAUUUUUACUACAACAAAUACACACUCAUAUUACCAUUUGUAUAUCUAACAAGAGUAUAUAUGAAAACAUUAAUACAUAUAUAAAUACAAAAUAUUUAGAUAUUUAAAAAUCACAAAAGUCUAAACAAUUUAAUUAAGAACACUCACAAAAUAACAGCAAACAAAAACCUUAAAAAAAAUUCAACCAAAGUAAAUGGCUCAUUGUUAUAUUGUGGCGCUAUUCGUUUAUGUAAUUUUUAACAAGUUUAUUGAAGUAUAAAACAUAAAUUCAAUUAGCACUUAUCUCUGAUCAUCUGAACAAGUUUGUCAACAAAAACUCUAUCAGUUAAAAGCCAUUAAUCAAUGCUCAAACUAAGUGAUUAUCUAUAUUGUUGAUUGCAGAGAAAGUAUUUCCUUUUCUGUGAAACUCGUUUCUAACGUGCCAAAAGACUAUUAAUCAAUAUUAUUUGACUUCUUACAGGGUAUACCCACUUCGAAAUCUUCCCCACAAAAAAGAGAACUUUGCAUAUUAGCUGUUAAAACAUACUUACAGAAUUUUAGAUGCAAUGUGCAAGUAAUGUACUUAAACAAUAAAAAUUGUUUCUUAAGGGUUUUGAGCCAUUCUUAAAAUUUGAUUAUUUUUGAAUUGCGUGUGCCAUUCUGUUCUGACUGUUAAUUAAGCAUUUCGCAGAUCCAACGGUUCACUUGCAGUUUGAAAACUUUUUAAUAGCCUGCAGCUGAAGAGAGAAAAGGGAAAUUGGCACGCUGUUGGCCAUUUUAGAGGUCUGUGCUGUGGGCAAUUCAGGGAAAACACCUCAAAGUUAAACGACUUGGGCUAUCUAAAUGCACCACAAGGGUUUUCUUAAAUAUUUUCAUUUAAUUGAUUUUUAAAGUUUUGCCACUGUUACAGACAAGAAAACUAAAAAAAAAAUAAUUUUAAAAAUCGCGAAUACCACAGGGUGGCUGCAAGCGCCAUAGAGUAUGCAACAAAUUAAGUGAGGAAUGCAAUUCACAUUGCGCAUGUGUUUGUAUGGGUAAGGGAGAAUGCAAAUAUGAAAGUAUGUGUGUGUGCGUGUGUGUGUAAACAGUAAGCGAAUAAUAAACGAAAAAUAAACAUAAUUCGCACAACUUUCAUGCAAAUGCCAGAAAAGAGGAAAAACAUAAACUAAAUCUACCAAAACUAUUAGCAAGGAAUGCCGCGACAACUCUGCUCAGAGUUGUCAAGCUGUUGUGCUGUUUAUAAUUGCGAUGAUUGUUUUUGUUCUUUAUGCUGGUCCUCGGCUGUGUGUGUGUGUGUGUGUGUGUGUGUGUGUGUGUGUGUGAAGUGGCAAAAGUUUAAUUAAAAUUCCAAAUCGAAAAUAUUCAGCAUUUGCGAAUCUGAAUUAAUUAAAAUAGUUUGCCGAGACAUCAAAUGCACCAGAACAAAGGCACGACAGUGUUUAAAUUAUACAGACAUGGAUUAUUUAUUCUGUGAGUGGUACGUAGAUGAGUUAAAAUUGUUGUGCAACUCAUUUAUCCUGUGUCUAACAAGACACUUGAAAGUUGCUUCAACUAUGUGUGUGUCAAUUGCCUCUCAUUCAACAUUUUAAUAAUUUCAUAUAUUCAGUACCAAUUUAAUUGUAUUCUAUUGUUCUGAUUUGAAUAAAUUUAAAUAGAAAUACACAGAUUUUGUUUCGAGCUAUCAUAUGCAGUUUCCAUUGUCCAGAGGCUAUUUGUUUGGAAGUGCUAAAAGGAAUCAGUGUUAAUUGCAUAAACGAAUAGCGUAGCACACAAACAGAAUAACAAACACAAACACCCACGAAACCCACAAAAAUAAUAACAGCAAUAACGUGACAGUAACAGACACACAUUUGCACAUAAGUAUAAAACAAUAUUUAAAACGAAAAAAAUAAAUAAAUAGAAGCGCCAAUCUGGUGUAUUAAAAUGUAAAGUGCAUAAAAAUCAACAGUUAACAUUUUUUAAAUAUUUAGCUAUUAAAUUAACGUAAACUAAAUGUAAAAGAAAUAUCAUAAAAAAAAUUAUAAAUAAAACAAAAAAAUUGCUAAGCAUUUAAACACACGAAUACGAAUACAAAAAAACUAAUACCAAUAUGAAAACGAAAACAAAUACAACUACAUACAUACAUAUACACACACUCAACCACAGCAACAGCAACCCAUAAUAAAAUAUGAUAAUUGUAUAUUGAAUAAUUACAUCAAAUAUUAAAAGUAUUUAACUGAGCUUAUAAAAUUAAAAACAAAAAAACAAACCAAUUAAUAAAUAAAUUAAAAUGCCAAACAGAAAUGAGGAAAAACUAUUUGACAACUGUCUCGACUUCCGUUAUGAAAAGCAUAUAAAUAAAAAGUCUGAAAAAUAUAUAUACACACACAUUACGAGUAUAUACUUAAAUGCAUACAUAUAUAAUAUAAAAUAAAUGCCAAACAUUCACACGCGGCGUAUACACAAAGUGUAUAUACUUAAAACAAGCCGAUUUAACUGGUCCGAAUGAGAAACAAAAUGCAACAUCGCAAGUGAUGUGCUUGAAAUAUGCACAGAUAAAUUCUAUUGGCUAACAACAGAUAAAUAGCAUCACAAUCAAUCAGCAACACACAGGACUAUUCUGAAUUUCAUUUUCAAAGAAGUGUUUUGAAAAUCAAUUAAAGUGAAAUAUAGCUAAUGCUUUCCAUUCAUCAUAGAUCAAGAAAAAUGCAACUGUUUCGAAAGUGAAAUUCAAAAUGACGAUGUCAAUAAGUGCGUAUAUCUUAAAUAAUAUUCCUGCGACAAUUAAAACGAGACAACCGUAACUUGUUUGUAAAUAGAACGAAACUCUUGGAAAAAAAAUAAAUUCUUGUUUUAUUACCUUUGAAUUGUAUAUGACAAUUAAUUGUAUAAAGUUAAUACACACCACAUUUACAAAAGCGUUCUUAACCCGAAUGUGUAGUGUAUAAGGCUUGCUUGCUUUGUUCCAUGUGUGCAUUUCUAAGAUAAUUUUCGACACUAUUUGGUUGCUGUGUGUUUGGCAUGGCCACCUGCCUCUGAGGUAAAUCGCGAUUGGUCCUCAUGCCAAGCACAUUCUGAUUUACCUACACCUAGAACAAUUUAAUGUUUAAAUAGCAAAUGAAAGAAAACAACAUUUUAGCUAAACAACUUUUUGUUAUAGUUUUAGACAAUCAACUUAAAACAUUAUUUAUAAAUCAAAAUGAAAACAAAAAUUAAAAAUAAAAAAAAAAAAAACAAUGACAAGUAAAUGGCGUAACUUUUCUGUGAAUAAAUUUAACUUAAUAACGUAAAUGCAUAUUUAAAUUACAAUCGCAUCUGAAUUGUGUAUAGAAAAAAAAGAACUAUUAAGUGGGCUUUAAAAAUUUGUUGAAUUUAAAGCCACAAUUAAUCGUAAAUUAAUAACAAAUUACACAAAAAAGAAAAAAAAACAAGAGAAAAUAAUCGAUAGGAAGUAAAAGCAAAAUUAAAUUUCAACUACCAUUUUUGUAAAUUGUUUCACUUGGGAAAAUCGACACGCUAAAAAAAACAAAACAUUAAUGAAAAACCAAAAAAAAAGAAAGAAGAAAAAAAACAAAUUACAUAAAUAAAUAAUAUAACAAGAACGUACCAACUAUGCAAACUCGAAGGCAAUUCGAGGAAAAGUCAAAUACAUAGACGUGUAUAUGCUCUCAUUGGUUGUGUUUUUAGGUUAUAAUCAAACAGGCUUGUGCGUGUGUGUGCGUGUAUGUGUGUACAUGUAUGCGCAAGCACGAGCAAACAAUCGGUCAUUCAAUCAGUCAGUCAGUUAGUCAGUCGGUUAGUCGGUCAGUCGAUCAUUCAGUACAAUUCGAAUUCAUAAUUGUACAGUUCAUUUGCACAUUCAAAAUAUAACUUAUGUAUGUAAUUAAUUACGAAAAUUAAAUUAAACAAUGAACAAAAUGAACACACAUCGUGUUUAAGUGUAAAUUAUGCCAAUAAUGUCAAACAUUUUCAAUUUGCCUUUUUAAAACGCGUUUUACUUUUACGUUUUAGGUUAUAGCUAAAGGUUUAAAGGGCUUCAUGUGGAAAAAAAACUAAAAACCAAAAAAAAAAAAAGAGAAACACAAAAAUUCAACAGAAAAACCCAAUUGAAAAA